AUGUGUGACUUUUCAAAAUACGGCGUUCCCAGCCAGGAGUGGCUACGUGUGGAAGCCACGUUGCCAGUCGUGAAAGAACAGAGUUUGUCAGAGCUGAAGCUAGCCGCCAACGAAGGCAGGGAGUCUGUGGCGCGACAGGCGAUGGCAGAGUUUUCGAACCAAGUCUCUACGCGUGAUCACUUGAUUUCUGGCCGGGAUGGGUACAAAUUAGAGGCAAGAAGCUAUCGUCCAAUCUCGAUAUCUCCCACCGAGGUCCUGCCCAUUUACAUCCAUUUUCAUGGGGGUGGUUUUUUGUUCGGUACCUUGAGCUCAGAAGAUGCGAUAUGCUCAAGGCUGGCUAUCAACACACAAGCUGUUGUUGUCAAUGUCAACUACCGCCAUACCCCUGAAUAUACGUAUCCAACCGCCUGGAACGAUGCCGAAGACGCGUUUCUAUGGGUCUGUCAGAACACUGCUCAAUUGUACGGUGAUCCAGACAGAAUCGUCAUUGGUGGAAUAUCGGCUGGUGCGUGGCUUACCGCUUCUUUGACACGGGCAGCAUCGAGCUCGAAACUUGCAGUCUCGCCGACGCCCACCAUUUGUGGCCAGGUGCUAAUGAUCCCUGCUUUGGUGUAUACUGAAUGUUAUGACUCUCAAAUGCGUCAAAUAAAAGACCCUGUUGUCUCAUCCUAUUCCCAGAAUAAAAACGCACCGAUCCUGGAUAUGCGCAGGAAGCAGUUGUUUAACAGUCUCUUAAAAGUGGAACAUCCAGAUCCGACUGACCAACGGCUAAAUCCUGGGCUUUUAUCUGCUGAUGAUGCGAAGAACCUGCCACCAACAACUCUUGGAAUUGCGGGCUAUGAUCCUCUCAGAGACGAAGGGCUGCUAUACGGGAAACUCUUGACCGAGAACGGUGUACCCACCAAUGUCAAUGUCUUUAAGGGUGUACCACAUGGCUUCCGACGCUUCGGUGAGAGAUUGUCAGUUUGCAAGCAAUGGGAUCGAGUCAUGGAAGAUGGAAUUCGAUGGGCUUUGGAGAAACCUUCUGCCUCCGGAAAGUUUAUCGUUCAAGAAUAUUAA